UUAUUUUAUUGUUGUGCAAUCUAAAAUACUCAUAGUCAUUCCUUACAUUUACAUAAUUCCUUUAAAAGCUUAUUUAUGGGAACUACACGCGCUUUUUACACAUAUUGGCCAAUCAAUAGCUGCUUUUCUGAUUACUGCAGAUCUAUUUCUAAUUGCGCAGUUCCUGUCACUCCGUGUAUCAGUGUUGUUACUGAUCACACGAUGGAUGAGUUAUUAUUUAGGAGAGUUAACAAAAUGCCUACAAAAGAAACAGAAAACUAUUCAGCAGAAGCUGGCUCAGCUGUCCCAGCAUUUCUCUCGAAGUUGUGGACCUUGGUAGAAGAUCCGUCGACGGACGAAUUAAUCUACUGGGAUGCGAGUGGAAGGAGUUUCCAUGUGUAUGACCAGGGGAGGUUUGCCAAAGAGGUCCUACCUCUUUACUUCAAGCACAACAACAUUGCAAGUUUUAUCAGACAGUUGAACAUGUAUGGAUUCCGUAAGGUGACCAAUGUUGACCAGGGCAGCCUUAAAGUGGACAAAGAUGACAUGGAGUUUGCACACCCAUAUUUCUUGAAGGACCACGAGUACCUCUUGGACCUCAUCAAGAGAAAGGUUGGAGGUAGCACGCGAGAUGACGUGAAGGUCCGACAUGAGGACGUGUCCAAGGUUUUGAGUGACGUGAAGUCAAUUCGUGGGAAGCAAGAAAACAUGAAUUCAAAAUUGGAUGGGAUGAAGAGAGAAAACGAGGCAUUAUGGAGAGAAGUGGCCUCACUUCGACAAAAACACAUGAAGCAACAACAGAUAGUUAACAAGUUAAUUCAGUUUCUGAUGCAUCUUGUGGGAAGUCGUAAGGUUCUUGGGAAGCGGAAACUACCUCUAAUGUUGAAUGACUCCAGUCAGUUAGAGCCGAGCUGUAAAAUCAGCCGACUGUCCGCUGACGAAUCUCACACAGCAACGCCUCAGGACCCUUGUCAAGUGGACAACAAACCCCUGAUUCAUGAAGUGACCGACUUGAGUAACUUGGCUGGUAUUGCAGAACAGACAGAGUCCAUUGUCCAGUCUCCAAAGCCUACAGAUAAUAGCAAGGGUGAAAUGCCACAAUCCAGCAUGUCUAAUGCAGACAAUCCAGAUGAGGCAACAUUUAAAGAAACAGAGGAACUUAUUCAGUCUUUGAGCGAACCCCUCAACACCGAGAACUCGGCAGACAACUCACUGGACAUGGCCCUGAGCAACAGUAGCAGCAAUGUUAGCGGUGGUAGUAAUAAUAACCCCACCUUUACAAGACAAAACAGUUUAAAACUACAAAAUGACAUGACAGAUCACCUGGACACCUUGCAGACAGACCUGGAUUCUCUUAAAGACAUCCUCUCCGGAAGCUCCUACAACCUGGAUCCUGCCAUGAUACUCGGGCUCUUUAACCCGGAGAGUCCAGCUCCCAAUUUGUCACAAAUUCCGAGCAACAUUUUCAUGGAUGAAGAUGAUUCAGCAAGAGAUGGAACAAUAUUAGGUAAUGAGCUGAUAGAGUACAACCCCCCAGAGGGUCUGCCCAACCUGUUUGAUCUCGUCCCAGUGGAAGACAACGUAGACGCCAUCUUGGACCCUCUGAACAGCCCCCUGAGCCCAGCAGGAGACAAGGAUAAGGACGGACCUAGCAAGGAUUAUCUGAGUAGCAUGGAGGAGAGUCAAGGACAAGGAAACUGUGGAUUUGUCCUGUCCUGGAGACCAUGGAUUCCUCCUGUCCUGGAGAAAUACGUCCACGCUAGAAAUGACAUGACAGAUCACCUGGACACCUUGCAGACGGACCUGGAUUCUCUUAAAGACAUCCUCUCCGGAAGCUCCUACAACCUGGAUCCUGCCAUGAUACUCGGGCUCUUUAACCCGGAGAGUCCGGCUCCCAAUUUGUCACAAAUUCCGAGCAACAUUUUCAUGGAUGAAGAUGAUUCAGGAAGAGAUGGAACAAUAUUAGGUAAUGAGCUGAUAGAGUACAACCCCCCAGAGGGUCUGCCCAACCUGUUUGAUCUCGUCCCAGUGGAGGACAACGUAGACGCCAUCUUGGACCCCCUGAACAGCCCCCUGAGCCCAGCAGGAGACAAGGAUAAGGACGGACCUAGCAAGGAUUAUCUGAGUAGCAUGGAGGAGGUGGAUUAAUGACUA